GUUACUGACACACGGAGGAAAGAGAACAAGAAAGAAAGAACGAGGAGCACAGCAAGAAAAAUAUUAAACUCCAAAACAUUACAGCACUUCAGGAUUUACAAAACAGCAAGCUUAUUUUUGUGGGUUUUUUGUUUUUGUUUUUAAGGGGAGGGAAAAAAUAAAGGAAAGCUAGAAGGAAACCCUGCACCGUGUUAUUUUUUUUUUUUUAUUAUUUUGUAUUUCACCGACUUAUAUUUUCUACGUUCUGUGUUACUGUCCAUAAGAGAAAAGGGAUUUAAACGUCCUGCCUCAAUCUGCACAGAGAAUUCGACGUUGACAACAACAUCAUCCGUCACAUAUGUACAUGUCAUGCUAAAAUGACAGAGGGAGACAAAAAAGAUAGAGAGAUAAAAAAUGCACCUAGCAUUUUAAAAGCAAGCAUCUGGGCACAUUUUGGAUUUUAUGAACAUACUGGAAAGCACGAAUUGGACAAGACACACGCGGUUUGUAAAGCCUGUCACACAAAAAUUAAAUACCUAGGGAAUACUACUAACUUGAGAAAUCACGUUAGACGUUUUCACUCUGAGAUGCUAACCCCUGCCGCUGCCGCCAGUGCCACUGCCAAGGAAAUAACAAGACUAGCUGAAGCUCAUCAGCCAAGAAUUGAUGCAAUGCUGUCAACUUUGCCACCCAACUCUGAAAAAGGGAAGAGAAUAACCAAAGCUGUGGCAACUUUCAUAGCGAAGGACCUACGGCCUUACUCUGUUGUGGAAAACCUUGGGUUUCGCAACCUGUUGAAGACACUAGAGCCACGUUAUAAGAUCCCGUCACGCAAUCACUUAACAGAAAACGUUAUACCUGCACUCUACCACGAAACAAAAGCUCAGGUAAUUGCAUCAAUGAGCCAAGCCAGUCGAGUCGCAAUAACGUGUGAUUCAUGGACUUCAGUCACGACGGAGUCUUAUGUAACAGUAACUGCACAUUACGUUAGCAAGGACUGGAAGAUCUUGUCGCAUGUGCUGCAAACGAGAGCAGUUUAUGAGUCUCACACGGGUUCUCAUCUGGCGGAGCUACUGUCUCGUGUCGUGGAAGAAUGGCAGCUGUCCGAUAAAUCUGUAGUGCUUGUGACCGACAAUGCGUCGAACAUGAUUGUUGCUGCUCAAGUUGGAAAAUUCCCUCAUGUAAAAUGCUUCGGCCAUACACUGAAUCUCGCAUCCCAGCGGGCGCUGAAAGUGGCCACGCUCUCCAGGCUUUUAGGCAGAGUGCGACGAAUAUCAACAUUUUUUCACCGCAGCACUACAGCAAACCACUGUCUGAAAGAAAAACAGAAAUGUCUUUGCCUGAAGAAUCAUAAGCUGAUAACUGAUGUGACAACAAGGUGGAACAGCUCAUAUGACAUGGUCGAGAGGUUCCUAGAACAGCAACCUGCAAUCUGUGCCACAUUGUUGUCUCCAGAAGUCAGAAAAAGUGAGUCAGAUCUCUGCACUCUCAACGAAACAGAUGUGUCAAAUGCAGAGGAUGCUGUGAGUGCAUUAAAGCCAAUGAAAGAUGCAACCACACUGAUGUCAGAAGAGCGCAAUCCAACUGUUUCUCUCAUUGCCCCUCUAAAUGCACAACUGCUCCAGAACAUGACAGGCACCAUGGGAGACACACCCAUGAUCCAUGAGAUCAAGAAUGCCAUAAAAACAGAUCUCCUGAAGAGGUACAGCAGUGAGGCAGAGAAGAAGAUACUUUAUACAGCCUCUGCCCUGGAUCCUCGUUUUAAGGGACUGCCUUUUAUUCUCACAGAGGAGGAGAGAUUGGAGAUAUACAGAGGAGUGACUGAGGAGGCUGCAUCCUUGGAGAUUGAGUGUACUAGUACAGUUACAUCUAGGAGGACAAACGUGGAUGAAGUGCCACUGCCUGAGGGAAAAGAAACUCUGGAAGAAGAAUCACCCAUCGAGGAGGAUAACCCUUCUCCUCCCAAAAGAAAGUCAACAUCGCUGCUCAUGACUUUGCUGGGACAGUCUUUCACUGACACUGAAGGUACAAUAGAACCCAAGACCCCCUAUGCCAAGGCUGAAGAGGAAAUAGAGAAAUAUUGUAAAGCCCCAUCUCUGCCUCUCACUGAAGACCCUUUGAAAUGGUGGCAUGUACAUGAGGUCAUAUUUCCCCUCCUCUCUCAUUUGUCAAAGCGAUACUUGUGUAUCCCAGGUACAAGCGUGUCUGCAGAGCGGGUUUUCUCCACUGCAGGAGAUGUGGUAACGGCAAAAAGAAGCACCCUCAAACCAGAGCAUGUGGAUCAACUAGUGUUCUUACAGAAAAACCUACAUAUUCCAUAAUUCUGAGUAGUGAUUCAGGUUUAUAAUAUUAAUAUUUAAUGUUUUUUGGCACAUCCAGAAGAAUGUGCUGUGUGCCCCAUUGCCCAGUGCAGACUACUGUUAAGUUAUUUUAUAUUUGUUACUGUUAUAUUGCUUAUAGCUUUUUGAAAAAUGAAGCUUAAAACCUUGAGUAAAUCUUUGUUGGAUCACAAAAUAUACUAGUACACUACACGACACGACCGACCACGUCACUCUGUCACAGUCACAGUCACACACACACAAACAAUACAAAAGAAACAACACACAACUGCACACACCUCAUGUGUGCGUGUCAGUGUCACCCUUCACCAUGAUUCACUCUUUUUAUGAUGUGUGUUUUUUUUGGUAUUGUUUGACUGUGUGUGACUGUGACUGUGUGUGUGUUGUGUAACAAUAUAUUUGUGAUACCAUAAAGAUAAUCAAAGUUAGUAAAUCUAGUAGUUCAAUGCUACUUGUUGUAUAAUGUCUAUUACUACUUCUAGUGUUACUGUGAUGUUUGCCAAUCAGGAAGUGCUCUGUUUUGUAGAUGUUGUGCUAUUGUUUACAGCACACCCCUGUAUUGUUUGCAAUGCAGUGAGUGCAUAGUGCAUAAGGGAUUAUUAAUAUUAUUCACACUAAAAAUUGUCUAUUUUAAAUAGACCCUUUAAGAAAGAUAUCAUAUGUUUUUGUUUAUGAUCCCAAUCCCAAAUGCCAUCCCACUCCCAGGCAGAUCUGUAGGGGUUAACCUAAUAUAACCAACCAGUUAACAAUAACAAUGUGUGUACUGCAGUGUCUAACUGUCUCUUUAUGAGUGUGUGAGUGUGUCUGUGAGUGAGUGAGUGCCAGUUUGAAAAGUUUGUAUGUAUCUAUAUCUAUGAGUGUGUGUGAGAUGAGUGUAUUAACUGCCUUUGAAUGUUUUUGUUUGUAUGUGAUUGUGUGUCUGUCCCAGUGUCUAAGUGUCUAUGAGUGUGAGUGUGACUGUGGCUGACUGGCUGUGGUGCCUUUGAAUGUUUUUGUUUGUGUGUGUGUCCCACUGUGUGUCUCUAGUGUCUGAGUGUCUAGUGAGUGUGACUGUCUAACUGUCAGUGUCUAUGAGUGCACUAUGCAGAGAGUGAGACUGAAGCCAAACCAGUACCACUAUAGGGGAAGGAAAAGCCUUGAGUAAACCUUGAGUAAAUCUUUAUUGGAUCACAAAUAUACUGUACACUACAGACAGUACAGCACACACAGCAGUGACAGCACACAGUGCCAGUACCACACACAACAGCACAAUACAAAAAUAAAGCACACACACCUCAGGUGAGUGGCGUGCCACCCUUUCUUCACCAUGAUUUACUCCUUGAUGUCUGUGUCCUUUUUUAUGUAUUGUUUGUUUGUGUGUGACUGCUGUGUACUGUUCAGUGACAGACUCAGUCACUGUUCAGUUGUGUGUAGUACUGCUUUAACAGUAACAACUAACUAAUUAUAUUUGUGAUCCCAUAAAGAUAAUAUAAUCAUCAAGAAGAAACUGUAGUUAUAGUAGUUCAGUUCAAUGCUACUUGUUUUAAAUGUCUCUCUCUCUACUACUAUUGUAAGUCUGUAAUUGUGUAAACUAAUUGUAUAUGUCACAAUCACAUGUGUGUUGUGUGCACACUCUGUGCUGUGUGUUGUGUUCCAGAUUCUUCACGUGAUGUUUGUUUGCCACAAAUUGACAGUCAUGAAGGCACAGUGGACUGCACCUGUAAUUUUGUACCUAUAAGGGAUUUAUGUUUUGUUUUCUGAUUACAAUUUUCACACAAAUAAGGUAUUAUGGUGGUAACUUAAGCUUAACCUAUCUAUUUUGGUUUUAAUUUAAUGUCUAUUAUUAUAUUAUUAUUACUAAGCAAGUAAAGAAAUUAAAUUAAAACCAACAUAGAUAGGUUAGACAUUUAUUUGUUGUUCAUGUUUCUUUACAAGUGUAUAGUGUACUUACUAUAUAUAAUAUAUAUACAUUUAAAUAUUUUCUUUUAUUGAAGAAGUACACUGUGAGCACUGCACUUUUUACACUACGUACUCUGUAACUACAGUUUGAUGCCAUAAUAUUGUUUCCAAACCAAUACAACAAUUGCCAUUUAGUAUUUACUGUUCUAUAAACUGUUGUUGUCUGCUGUGUUCAGACUUUGCCACAGGAAGAGUGUCCUUUUUUGAGCUAAUAAAAUAAAAAAAGAGUUUAUUUCAA